AUGAUCAGCCACUCGUUCUACACGCAAAGCGCGUUUAGAUUUGGGGAUUGGUGUGGCCACAUGGCGCUUUUUCCAGUGCUUGACGACAUGAAGAACCGAACCGAGAAAGUCAAGGGUGGUGACUCUCGAGAAGUGCUUCGAGACUGGCUGUCGGAAUACUUUGCCCAAAACGGCGCCAAGUAUGAGUUUAAAAUUCAGCUAGGUAUCUCGCCUGAUCAUCAUCCAACUGAAGAUGGAUCAGUAGUGUGGGAUGAAGCUACCGCACCAUACCAGACGAUCGCGACAGUUGAGUUUCCACCGCAAGGUGCCCUGAGCGCCGAGCGACGAGUGUUCUGGGAAGACACAAUGAAGCUGAACCCAUGGGUUGGUAUGGUUGAUCAUCAGCCACUAGGCAGUAUCAAUCGCUUGAGGGAAACGGUGUAUGAGAUGAGCAGGAAGAAGCGCGAAGCUGCAAACGCCACGCUGACUCAAGCCAUCAACAGUGUCGAUGAGGUGCCAUAG